AUGUCGGAGUACAAUGCCAUGACAAAGGAAUACGACAUAAUGAAAGUGGAGACCACUACGUUGCAGAGCAAGUCCAAUGAAAUGUAUCAGCACAUUUUGAGCCAGGAUACGAAGAUUGAACAGCUCGAACAAAGUAUUCAGGUAUUAGAGGCCGAAAAUAAUGAGCUGAGACAAAGCAGGAUUAUCGAUGCUUCUACUAAGCAUCACACUGGUGUAAAGAUUCCGGACGAGGAGACGUGUCCGCCGUGCGAGACGUGCACCGAGGCCGAGGCCUGGGCUGAGGGCCUGAUCAACAGCCCCAAUAAAUUCAGUGACAGCCUACGCAGACACUUUCAGUCAACGCUGCCGGUUCGUUCUCGAAUGCCGUUGCCUCGGCAAAGUUAUGGCACUUCGACAAUGACGUCCACGCCUGCGUCAACCCUUCGUUUCGAAGAAAUGAAGAAGCCUGUUGCUGAAGUUUCACAGGGUUCGUCGAUCCUCUCAAGUGGAGCGAGGAAACCUAUUGGUUCCAUGAACCAAGCACACCAGUCAAAGUAA